AAAGUCAAUCAAUGGAUAACGGGACUUCAGCAACCGACAUUAUCACCUAUGUCGGUAUACCACUCGCAGUGCUCGGCGUUCUUCCAAUCCUCUAUUCUUUCAUUCGUGCAAUUCUAGUUCAACGCUCGAUCCGCCGCACUCUCUACCGCCAUGGUUUACUCGAAUCCUCCAUCACGCGCGGCAGUUUGAUGGAAGGUAUCGUAGAAGUCGAACUUCCACGAUGCACCAUUACUCCGCUAAACCGAGACGAAGAUCCCGAAUACUGGAAGUUGAACUCGCAUCAGGUAUUCUUGAAGGGCGGCAGUUGGUCCGUAUUCAACUGGAAUACGCUGGUCACCGGGAGACAGCUUGUUCGAUGUCAGUAUAAAGACGAGCUCAGAGUUCCUGAGGCCGAUAUUGACUUCGAGGAUCUGAUUGCUUUUCUAUUGGAUCGCGGAGCCGUUCCCGACCCGAAAGGAUGGCGUCUGCUGAAGUCAAUAGGUUUGUGGACUCCCGCCGGUACUGCGCUGCUUUUACCCCCUCGAGGAAUACCCGGCACAGUCCUCAAGGUCUCUACGCCGGAUAAUGCGGACGGUCUUUUAAGCCUACAGGUCGAUUGGAAAGCAGAAUGGGAUAGCAGGGGCUCUUUUAGCUUGCCACCAUUCUGGGCCAGGCUGAAGCAGCCCAGUCCUGGGAAGUUUUUGUCCGAGGAGAAAGAAACAGUGGAAGAACCUGAAACAAUGGACUCCCAGGACAACCCUUUCGAGACCAAAGAACCCAACGGAACCCAAGCCGGAGACAUUAGUCGUGGCAGUACACUUGUCAAUGAAGCAACGUUAGAAGACGAACCAUCCUCCUCCCAGUCGCUUAUUCAGUUAAUCGAGGAAGGAAAAGGACGCGUCACUACAAUUCCCAAUGAUAGCUUUCGCUUCAAGCCGGAUGGUGAUCGUGUGCAGAGGAUCCUAUUUGAAGACGAGGGAGUGCCCACAGGCGAGAUACGCGAAAUGAAUAGUGCAGGAGAAACGGCUAACCUAUGGUUCCUUUGCUCUGCAUCGUCAUUGAGUCGAAGCCUUGACUGUGAGCUGUGGAAUUUCACCAUUCCAAAUCAAAUAGCAGGUUUUGUCAAGCGCAAGUCUGUCCCAUGCGGUGUAAUGGUCCUUCUCGGUAUACUCACCGACGACGAUGUGCCCCCCUGGUCGUCUCCACCCCCUUCUCUUCAAGAGAGCCCUGAGGAGGUGGGCAAUCGCAUGCAACGCGACAUGUACGAGCGGCGAUUAGAAGAUGCUAUGCCGCCAGCACAAGCUGCAGAAGCACGUCGCAUCAGAACGAUGCGCAGUGCUCAUGAUUAUCAUAGCCAGCACGUUGCUCGACAAAGGGCUUUGCGUGAAUAUGAGGAAAGACGACUAAUUGAAGCCAUCCAAUCGUCACGCUUGGAGAACAGUACGGUCGCGCAAGCGACUUUAACAUACCUCAUUGCAGAAAAGGUGGUCCCUGAAGGAUACACCAUUGAAGAACUGGCCCUAGCCGUGUUAUAUCUCAUGGUGGUUGACAAUACCACGGCCAAGCUUAUAGGAAAUAUUCUGGAAAGAUGGGCUCUGUGGAGCCAAUUUGGGGGUAUGCAAAAGGUACAAUUGGAACUUCUCAUAAAGAACAAAAUUGCAUUCUGUUAUGCGUCGGCCCUUGUCGCCGUCGUAUAUCAUGCAGAAGCGGGACAUGGCAACCCAUCGACUGAUAUGCUGGAAUGCCUUCGAUUAUGGAAAAGGGUGAGGCUCGCUGCUUUUGUCUCACGUCCACACGUCGGUUUCUCCAAAUUUCAAAUUCAUCCCAUGAGAUAA